CUGUGCUUCGCCAAGGCCCCAUUAGCUUGCUGAAUCGACCCGACAAGUGCUUCUCGCCAGUGACUGCAGCGCGUCCACCCCUCCGAAUCGUUUCGCGUGCGCCAUCAUGAGUCCCUCCUUUUCUACUUCAUUAUCAACAUCCCGACUUUGGGCCCUCCGUAGCCCCGCGCCUCGCUUCUGCUAUGGUCUGAACACAAGCAUCGCUCGGUGUACGGUCCGAUCAUCGGAUGCGCAUCUUCUCUCCCGAGGUGCACGAGGCUUCGCCACUGGCACUCAACACGAAGCGCCCACGCAGAUGCGCAUGCUCAUCGUCGGGUGCCCAGGAUCAGGCAAAGGCACACUCUCCUCUAGGCUCCUCAAGAAAUUCGAUGUUCAGUAUCUCUCCGCUGGCGAUGUGUUGCGUUCUCACAUCUCCCGCAACACCGAGAUCGGCAAGCAGGCCAGCGUGGUCAUCGCGAAAGGAUCGCUCAUGCCGGACGACAUCAUGAUGAAGCUCGUCGGCAGCGAGGUGGAUGCAUUGGCGGACACGGAUUGGCUUUUGGACGGAUUUCCACGGACGCUUGGACAAGCUAAAAUGCUGGAUGAAGUGCUCCAGCGAAGGUAUAAGCCUCUUAACCUUGUCGUCAAUCUGGAUGUCCCUGAGGGAAUCAUUUUGCAGCGCAUCAUGGACCGGUGGACACACAUUCCCUCCGGCCGCAUCUACAACCUGUCGUACAAUCCGCCGCAGGUUCCAGGCAAGGACGACGUGACUGGCGAGCCCUUGGAGAAGCGCCCGGAUGACAACCCACACGUAUUUGCCAAGCGUCUCACCUCCUUCCACUCGAGCACGGGUCCCAUGCUGGAAUACUACCGUGACCGCCCGACCACAGGUGCGGGCCAAGCGCAAGCACUGUACGUCAAUCUCGAGGGAAGCACCUCGGAUGAACUUUGGCCCAAGCUAGCCGAUGUCCUAGAGCAGCGCUUCCCUUCGCUCAUGCACAAAACCAUCGCACAAUAAACAACAGCAAAGCGCAAGAUUGUCGCUCACGGGGGCGAGUGAGCAUUCUCGUUUUCUGUGGGGAGUAACUUUGACAAGCAUCCUGUGGGAUGCUUAUAGAUCUGCUGGAUCUAUCGA